CUACCAGUCAGCUUCUCGGUAAACCUCGGUAUUACAGAUCUCCUGAACACGAGUACUUUUCGAAAUUCUUCCUUGAAGACCACUUUCUCGGAUCAAGGUUUUGAGAGCCCUGCCGCUAUUGCGCUAUUCCGCCAAAAUGAAAAGAAUCCUUCUAGUGGGUGCUACGCACUUAGUUGGUUCUCACAUCCUCGACCAAGCCCUGUCUGCGAAUUUGAGAGUUCGAGCCAUUCUCGAGUCUCGAGAAGAGGCACACAGGAUCCAGCAACUCUACCCUAGUGUCGACUCUUCGGUGCUGGACUUCUUGGUAGUACCGUCGGGAGAGAUAACAAGACCCAGAGUCUUCUCAGACGCUCUGAGUGACUCGGCGGAUCCAUUCGAAGCGGUUAUCUUGUGUCUCGCUGCAGACGCUUACGAGGAGGUCGACUGCCUCUCCCGUUACGUUGCCGCGGAGAGUGAAAGAGUGUGUAGGAUUCUGGGAAGUAUAAAGGACGCAUCUACGGCGGUUGGAAGAGUUAUACUCGUCUCCUCACUGACCCGUUUUGCUGGGUGGUUAGCGAAUCCAUCUACCUCAGGACACCCCCGAAGAUAUACAAUCAACAUGCCAGUGCCAGAGCCAGAAAUAGGAGGUGUCGACAGCGAUUACAUUCUUGAAGCGAGCCGGGCGAGCGAUAAUGUCAUAUAUGACGCAAUUUGCAACUGGAUAAAAGAUUCGAACACUUCCUUCGAGUUCGUGGCUCUCUCUGCACCCGCCAUCUACGGACCUUCAAUAUGGGGCGUGGAUCAUUGGGUGGACAUCCAAGAAGCGAAUCUCGAGAUUUGGAAUAUACUGAACAAACAGACAAGUGAGACCGUUCCUUCACCUCCUUAUGGAAUUUACUCCUAUGCAGACGUCAGGGACGUUGCCUUGGCAACCAUUCAAGCCCUUCACGUCCCCAUGACCAGAGUCAACCGGGUGUAUCUAUCCGCCGGAUCCAUGCCGUCAACAUUGAUCAUAGCACAAUACCUCACCGCACGCUUCCCCGAGUGUGAAGAACUUGUGCAGUCGGACCAGUUGGCCCCACAGCUUUCAGCAUGCUUGGAAACAGCCCAAAGCCCUGAAAGUGAAGAUUCAAACAAUUCUGGCUCAAUAUUAGGUCUCGGGCGCUAUCGGUCGUGGGAGGAAGCGGUGGGGGAUGUCGCGGCCCAACUCUUGGACUUCCGCAGACGGCGGGAAAGGACGCGGAAGAUGGGAAUGGGAGGUUGAAUUCUAUGAUCU